GCCCAUCUCUGGAAGGGAGGAGGGGAGGGUGGUCUCAAUCUCUGCUAAGAGGCUACUUUAGUCUCCCAACAUAAGCACAUUCACAUUAUGUCUCCGCACGCGUAGAGCCGUGUCACCCGUCACGACCGAGCAGAGGCACCGAGCCGCGGACAGCAGACAGAAACAGAGAGGGACAGAUACGGAGAGAGGUGGAGGGGUAAAGGAGGGAGACAAAGCCAGAGAAAGAUAGAGAAGAGGUGCAGAAACACAAACAUCGCUGCCACUCUGACGUCUCUCCGCUUGCGCCUGUUUCGGCUUGUUUGAGCGCAAGAAGAGCAGGAGAGAGAGGAAAGACAAAUAAAUCCUGGGAGCGUUUUUUUUCUUCAUCUCUAGCAUCUAAGGCAUGAAGGCGGGUGUCAGCUGGCACGGCAGAAUAAAAGAAAGGGAUGCUUUGACUGCUGCCUUUCUUUCAGCAAGGGACUAAGGAAGAGGAAUGGGGGGACAACGCGCAGCAUGGACACUAACAGGAUUUCUAGAAUGAAUGGGAGUCCUUCUGCCGCAUGCGCUGGGAAUAGCAGUCUCACGUUGAAGUCUCCGAUUGAGGGGCCAGCCCUGAGGACGUGAAACUGUAUGGAGAGUUUGGAUGUCACCGGUGACACAGCUUCCCACUGCGUUUGACCGCCUUCAACUGCACACAUCUCUGCUAUCCAGGCGGCACCAAUUAAGGCAGGCUUGAGACGAAGAGUGGUGACAGUAUCCGAAGGCACAAGGAGCAAAGGAAUACACUGGAGGAGGGGCCUGUGCGUGCUGCAGACGGGCAGAGGACUGCUUGUCUGGUCUCAGUGUUGCCCGUCUGCGUGAGAAGACUCAUCAGCGGAAGAGAAAAUGGUCGGCUGAAGAGCCACAAAGGACAUCACCGCUACUUAUUUCAUCCAGUAUGCAGUGUGGCCUUCCCAGCUGCGUAUCACCAGUGGUGCGAUGAUUCAGUUGUAACUGUGGGUAAUGCCGAGCCAAAUAACCAAUCCUGGAGAUGCCGAAGAGAAGAGAUAUUCUUGCCAUCGUGUUGAUCGUGUUACCCUGGACUCUGCUCAUCACUGUUUGGCACCAAAGCGCUAUAGCUCCACUCCUCGCCAUCCGCAAGGCCUGUCACCACCUAGUAAAAGAGAUCUUUAUCAUUCCAGAGAGGCUUGCAGUCCGCCAUCACCGGCUCUCAGAUGACGGAGUGGAGGGUAAGAGGGAGGCUGGUGGCCAGGCACAAGACUCCAAGGAAUACUGUGCCUCAGAUAAGGACAUUGUGGAGGUGGUGAGGACAGAGUAUGUGUACACGCGGCCUCCUCCCUGGUCAGAUGUGCUGCCCACCAUACACAUCAUCACCCCCACAUACAGUCGGCCGGUGCAGAAGGCGGAGCUCACGCGGCUGGCCAACACCUUCCUCCACGUUCCCAACCUGCACUGGAUCCUGGUGGAGGACUCCCAAAGGAGAACGCCUCUUGUCACGCGGCUCCUCCGAGAAACAGGGCUUAACUACACCCACCUCAAUGUGGAGACGCCCAGGAACUAUAAGCUGCGGGGUGACACCCGGGACCCCAGGAUCCCCAGGGGCACCAUGCAGAGGAACCUGGCCCUGCGCUGGCUGAGGGAGACCUUCAACGCUAACAGCAGCCAAGCUGGAAUCGUCUACUUUGCAGACGACGACAACACAUACAGCCUGGAGCUGUUUGAGGAGAUGAGAUCCACUCGGAAAGUCUCAGUGUGGCCUGUGGCCUUUGUGGGCGGCUUGCGGUACGAGUCCCCCAAGGUCAAUGCAGCUGGAAAGGUCUAUGGCUGGAAGACGGUGUUCGACCCCCAUCGGCCAUUUGCCAUCGACAUGGCCGGCUUUGCCAUCAACAUGAGGCUCAUCCUCUUCAAGCCGCAGGCGUAUUUUAAGCUUCGCGGGGUGAAGGGUGGCUACCAGGAGAGUAGUUUGCUCCGAGAGCUUGUCACACUUAACGACCUGGAACCUAAAGCAGCAAAUUGCACUAAGAUACUCGUAUGGCACACAAGAACGGAGAAACCUGUCCUUGUAAACGAGGGGAAAAAGGGAUUCACAGACCCCAAUGUGGAAAUAUGACUCCCUCAGAUGCAGGAGGUCGGCCUUGGACCGGCAGAGGAAGAAAACGUCUGAGUCUCUUGAUAAGUGCAACCAGCGCUCAUGUCUUAAUCAUCAGAAAAAAGGACAUUCUGGCCUUGAAGAGGAGUUUAAUCCUCUUGACUGGAUCUGACAUUUUUGAAACAUGGACUAAAACAGUACAGAGGUACAAUACUAAAGCACAGAUUAUUAAGUGGCUGCAGUUAUUUUCCAGGUCUACUGAAGUGCAGAGAAGACGACAUAAAGGACGUCACACGGCGUUGAUAGACGUGACCUGCACCUUCAUGGUACAGCGGCCCGCUGAAGACAAGCUAACAAAAGAGACAGCACAACACGACAAGCAUACGGCCAGCGGAGUCAUCCAAACAAGCAGGUUAAACCUAAACAUAAACUAAGGAAAAAAUAUACACAUUGUCUGGAUCUGCACAUGGUUCAAAAGUGAUAUUCCACACCAUCCGCCUGGAUUAAAACACGACUCCAAGGACAAAUAAGUGACGUGUGGACUUUCCUUUGAGCAAACAAAGCAAGUGAAGGAAUGUUCUUUUGAUAACUAUGAAAUGUUUGCAUUAAUUUAAUCAAUACUACUGAGUCGUACAGUACCUGCAUUUACUCUUGGGUUAUCAUUGUUCAUUUCAUGGUGUCAUAUAUCUCAUGCAUUGAAGCCACCCCCAUACACUUGAAGAGAGACUGCUGUUUUAAAUGUAUCCCCUUGUUGUGCUUGGGAGCUGAACCGUACAUGUAAACAUCAAAAUCCUAACACUUCUUGGCACUUAAAAAAUACACAGAUGAUGUUCUUUUGUGGCGACAUGUGUACAUAGUAAGUUAACAUGAUUACAAUCAGAGAAUUGAUGGCGAUUUUUGACAAAAGUAUUGUAAUUACUGUAUUUAUAUGUAAAAAGAAAAAAGGUCAAAAAAAGUCUCUUCUCUUUCCCCCUCUGAAUUCCUCAAGACGACACUCAACAAGGCACAGGUUCACUCUAGGUUCAACACAUGGAAAGAGUAAUAGCACAUCACCAAUUUCAUUUGGUAUAAGAAACUCCAGUUUGUGACACAUUCAUUAUUUCAAAUCAGCUACACCGGAGACUCACGAAUGCUGACCUAAUUGCCAUGUUAGCUUUCAUAUAAAGUGUAGUUUUUUACAUUGCGUGGGGGGGAAAGUGUGUCACUUCAGAGAGCUAAUAUGUCCCUGUGUCUAUGCACGGCACGCUCAUAUGUCCACGAGCCACUGGUUAACAAAGGUCCCUGUGUGCAAGUGUAUCAAAGAGAAGGAUGAAAAAGCAUCAAAGCCAGCAAAUUUGGUUAUUAGUAGGCUUGUCAGUCCCUCUUUUAAAAAAAAAAACGGCUGUGUGGAGACAGAAUUCCCAAACAUAUACAUGUAGGCAUCUGCUAAAUAAAGCAGCUAAUUUUUUAACAUAAAUUAUAAUGCAUGUCCCAAAAUGUGUUGUUUUAAAAAGAAAACUUUGGCAUCCACUUGUAAAAUGACAGAUAAUCUAAAUUGACAGCAGGCUAAAGAAAAGCACAACACAAAUAAUUCUUAUUUUUGCUAAUGAUUUGGUAGCAAUGUUGACAUGCCAUCUUCAGUAUUGUGGAUCGAUGUGUAAUGGAUUAUUUAAAUUACAGUAUCCAUCUGUUGUGCAUUAACUGGAUCAUAUGGGAGCUCCUCUAGCGCUAAACGGCAGCAGCGAUGACGCUGUACAGCUGAGCACUGUAACAAAGUUAUUCUACACCUCGUAUAAUAGAAUCUCUCUUCUACUUGAUAAAUCAUCUGUCCAGUGCAAUACACAGUGGUUCUUAUCUUACAUUGCCCGGCAGAAGUAGCUGGAGAUAAUUCAAACACUGAGCCUCUGUAUGGUUGCCAGAUAAUCUCUGUGCACUCUCCCCUUCAGCAUACACAACCCAAAAUACACAGAAUGGAAACUUACAAAGACGUUACGGCCUCUCGGGCUCAUCAGCCGGGGAAACCAUACUAUUACAUUUCACUUGGAGUAAGAUAAGAUACACACAUUCAGACAAUGGCUGUAUUGUAUCUCUCAUCAGACUGGCUGUUUUCAUACACUGCAUGAUAUUAAACUGCACAGGGGUCAGCCAUGCGGAUCACAGACUAUCUCUGAGUUUUUCUCUUCAACGUGCCUCCUAUUAUUUAUUAAAAACUCAAAUGUUAUAUAUUUAUUUAUGUAUUUAUUUCAAAUGUGGAAUCAGUGUUUGCCCUAAAAUCUGCAUUUUCCAACUGCUCUCGUGAAAAAGCAUGCGCACUUAAGGUAUAGUGUACACGUGGAUUAUCAUACAGAUCAUAAAGGGUUACCACCAACACCAUCUUCUUUAGAGCAUUGCUGCUGAUAUAAGUUCUACUUGAGAGGUCAUUAUCAGCUUUUUACUCUGAAUGAAUGAAUUUGUCUGAAAUGUAUCUAGCGAUGAAACCGUUUUAGAGUCCAAAAUAUAAAAAAACAUCACCAUGUUGAGGAUUUCAUUUGAGCUCUUCAGGUAUAAAAUGAAAUUCAAUAUGUUGUUUUUCAUUUACCGUUUGAAGUAAACUAAUAGCAUUGCUGCAUAUCCAAGUUCUACUUGAGAGGUUGAUUUGGCUUGAAAUGGAAAUGAAUGAAUCGAUCUAAAAAAAUUAUCGGUGCUGAAGUGUAAAAUGCUUAAUUUGAGUGCUAAAGGUUUCAAAUGAAAUUCACUAUGUUGUCAGUCUUUUACUUAACAACAUUCUCUGCUCUCAUCUUCCAAAAUGCCGACAAACGUCAUAUGGCGUUCAGUUAGAACAAAUAUUUUGUCCUCUGUGGUGUUUUCUGAAGCGAUUCAAAAGGGCUUGAACUCAAAAGUGAUGUUAUAACUUUAACCGACAUCUGAUAUGAUUUUCUUUCAACAGGUGACUUAUCAAGCAAUAUCGUAAAACUCACAAAGAAUUAGUCUACUAGAACCAACCUACCUAUACAUGGACUUUAGCGGUGCAGGUUAUUCAAUAUUUAAUGUCAGUUGAUGAGAAUUACCCUCCAAGGGGCUUCUUUAAGGCACAAUACACUUUACACACAAGUCCUCUCUUUUCCUCAUCUCCACUGUCAUCCCCCUGACUCAUGUGAUUCACAUUUUAUGCAUGUGACUCUUAAGGUUGUUUAUUUGCCACAGCAAUUCUGUCUCAGAGAAAGGUGUUAGAUGAAUCAAGAGAAAUAAAUAACUGAGAAGAACCCCA